GAGCAGAUGCUAUUGUCUUGUAUUGUACAAGUAAGAGGAUUGUUGCGCGCGCGCGCACGCACACGCACGUAUCUUAUUGAUUGUUAAGUCACCAGUGUGGGGCGGGCACGCACACGCACGGAGGUAGAAGAGCGACCCAGCCGACUCAUUAAACUCUCGUCUGCUCUGCAGAGGCUCCAUCCACCCACCGGCGGCGCGCAUUACUACUACAGUACUACACUACAAGACGCGCUACCGGCUGGCUGUGACUGGAGUGCGCGCCAACGUUGUGGAGGAUCGCGGACCCGCCACUCGGCACACAAUGGACCAAAGCUGCUGAAUGACGCCAGAGGAUUGUGGUCCACUAUCUGAAGAAAAGGAUCUAAUCAGAGUUGAGCAGAGGAAGAAGACUGUGCGUCGUCCACGGCUGGCAUGGCGUGCUCCGGUAAUAGCCGCUUGUGGACUUGGCAGGUGCUCCUCACCAUCUCCAUGUUUCUAAUUCCCCUGUCCGCUCACGGGAGGCAUUCAAUGAGCAGGCGCCACCACCAUCGUAACCAGUCAUCCAUCAACCAAGAGGCCUUGAAUACAAGGAUGGUUCUAAGUGAUGACUCGGCAGAGAGGGAGCACCUGAUAGAAGCAGGGAUCCCCCGUUUGUCCAAACACCAUCAUUCCCAUAAACACGCCCGUCUAGGUCUGGUAGAGGAGGACCUUCCUGUUGGGGAGGAGCUCACUGGCGGAGGAGGGGGACCAGAUCAGCCCGGGAACCCCUUGUCUGAUGACAUCAUCACCGUGGAGUUCCACAGCCCAGCACCGGAAGUCGUACCUUCCGAUAUGGAAUCUCACGGGGCCAAGCUUCCGAAACCCCAGAAACAAAAAGGCAGCGCCCCCACAGCUUGGACGCUCUCAGACUUUUACGACUACCUGUCCCCAGAUGAUGACCUCUCUGCAUCAGACCCCACCCCAGAGCCUGAGCCCACCCCUUCCCCCCCGGUCUACAUGGAGGAUGAGAAUCCACUCUUGGCUGGUUCUCCUGCUCGUCCUGUCAAUGUGAAGCCUGCUGUGGACAAUAAGCCUGCUUCACCUGGAACGUCCGAGCCAGGACCAGACAACAGUGAAGACCUGCGUCUGGGUGGCGCCCUGGGGGGUGACGGAUGCAGGCUGGGGUUUGUGCGUUCUGGACCUGGGAUGUGUGUAUCUCAGUGUGACGCUGAACCCAAUUUCUGCUUCAAUGAAGGAGUGUGUACUGUGGUGGCGGGCGUGGGAGCAUUUUGCAGGUGCAAUGUGCAGGACUACAUCUGGAACAAAGGCAUGCGCUGUGACUGGGCCAUCACAGAGUUCCAGGUGAUGAGUGCGGUGGUGGGCGUGGCCUCCGUGGCGCUCCUCCUCCUCUUCAUGAUCAUUGUAUUCUUUGCCAAGAGGCUGCACCGCCUCAAGAACGAGAACAGGCAGCUCCGCAAACGCAGUAAAUACCGUCCACAGAGCAGCGAGCCACAGACGGACGGCCUCUCCGUUUCAACCACCGCUGACGGCUCGCAGCCAAACGUAAGGAAAUUGUGCGACUCACCUCCGCCCGCCCCCCAAGCUCACACUCACAACCUGGCGUACUAUGACAACAUUAUCUGUCAGAGACCAUCAUCAACCACCUUUACCUGGGAAUUUAAACCCAGAAACUCUUAUAACCACUUCCAGGAUGACCCCCAGAAGCAGGAGGACCCCGCAAAGUCGCCUCCACCCAAGGAAGAGGGCGCCAUGAACAUCCUCAACUCUCAUUCGCCCAAACAUGAAAACAACCGUCCGACCUCCGUGGUCCACGACCAUGGCCAAGCCCCCAACAACACAGACGACAACACCGAGGAUGGAGUCACUAUUGGUCUGGAGGUGCUCCUCCCCAAAGAAGCAAAGCUCCGCCCAGAGAAGAGCUCGCCCCUCCACUAUGACGUCUUCCUCUACAAGGUUGCAAACAAUGGCGACUCAGCUGCUCCCAACUCUCACUCCUUCACCUCCCAUCACGCAACAAAAUCACCCAAGAGAGCCAAGGCAUCUAAGCUGCCAACAGCACCCAGCCAGGAUCAUUGUCACAGUAGCCGUGAGCCGCUCUCCGGGAGGCACUCCUCACCGUUCCUGCAGCCCUCCCCUGGGACACACCCGUCAUUCAGCCGUCACUCAGCACCGGGGUGCUACUCUGCUCCCAUGCAGCAUCCACCCACCCAUCACUCACCCACAGCAUGGCCUUCAAGUUCUUAUUGCUCUGGAAUGGAAAGAGAGGAUGGACAUAUUCGUCCGUCUCCAUCCUCUCCUCAUCUCUCUCAACCUCCAUCAUCACCAUCCUCCAGAGUCAAGUGCAGCCCGGUCAGCACACGAUCCCUACCACCACUCUCAUGACUUUUACACUCUUAAAAAAACCCUAAUGCAUCCAUCAUUUUCCAUUAGGACUCUAACCUUCAUUAGUGGCGCAUAGAAUUCUCCCUAAAAGGGGCAACAAAAGUGGAACUGUUAUAGUGAAAUAUGGACGCACAUGAUCCAUCCAUCACAUGUGAACAAGGUGCCAAUGUUUGUUAACACUGAAGAUGUUUCAGUUUUUAUUAAAAAUAGCCUUAGUUUUAUUUGUAGCUUUUACACAUUUUUUAAGCAUACAUGACGAUUUCAUGUUUUUUUGAUACAUUUGACAUGUUUCCUUUCCCAAUAAAUGA